AUGGUGAAUGUGAAGAAGGGCGUGAUGAUAACUUGCGAUCCGGCGAUGCACCAACUCCUCAUCAAUCUCGAUGAAUCGCGGGAACUGGGCAGCAAGUUUAUUAUCAAGGAUCUCGACGAGACGCAUCUCUUCGUUGAAAAGGAUAUCAUCUCAGCAUUGGAAGCGAAGAUCGACCAAAUGAUGGAACAAUUGAAUCCCGAUGUCACCGACAAA